GCACCUGCGGCCCCAUCGUGGACUUGGACCGGCCAGCGCGGGAGGCGGUGAGGGACGCCGCCGCCUACGUGCUCCGCCCGCUGGUGGACAACUUCAACCGUCUCUUCUCGCUCAAGACCGCCUUCGAUAUUGAGGAUUACAAUAUCGGCAUGCCCACCGGUGCACUCAUCGCGUGUGUUGGAUGCUAUCAACUGCUGAAGAUGAAUCCUUCGUUGUUCGUCGAUGCUGUGCUGGGGUACGCGUUCUACAAGCUCAGCGUCUUGUCGUCGCAGGUCCGGAAGCAGGGAUUCCCCAACGAGUACAUCACCCGGAUCAAAACCAUUAUUGCCUUAAUUUUUAUCGCCAAGGAUUUCCAUAAGAACUUCGUGCCCUUGGAUUACAUCAAGGUGCCAGUUUUUUUCUUCUACCUCCUAACAUUACUCGUCGAAGUGCAUGGCCUAAAGAAAGACGCAAGAUAUCUUUUGUCUAGAUUGUUUGAGCUGCUUCAAAUCAAGGAGGGCAGACGCGAGCUACUAGUCGACAUCCUCUUAACCAGAUGAAUAAUUCUUGUUGCAUGAUUCAAUCAAGAAACGGUUAAUCGAUUUGUCUGGCUUAAAGCAGAUCUCGUAGUCAUAUAUAUAAUUAUUCUUGAUUAACUUGUUA